UAUGGGCACAAGCUUUGAGCAAAAGUGCCCCAAUCUUUUGCUGCUUCUCCCGGCCACCGGCGGAGAGACAGCGUAGCCGGCAGAAACCGGAAGACACAUGGCCGCGUCACCGCUUCUUACAGCAGGCACAGCGGUGGGGAACCCAACCAUGGACGGAUCCGCCGCGAUGCCUCCGCUGCCUGGGACGGACAUGACGGGGAUCUGCUUUCGGGACCAACUCUGGCUUAAUACCUUUCCUCUUGAUCGCAACCUCGUCUUCGACUACUUCGCACUUUCUCCCUUUUACGAUUGGACCUGCAACAAUGAGCAGCUCCGCUCUCGAUCCAUCCACCCACUAGACUCAUCCCAGCUUUCGAAGAUGACGGGAAACGAGUACAUGCUGAGCGAGGUUAUGGAGCCCCAUUUGUUUGUGAUUCGGAAAGUGAAGAGAGAGAGCCCAGACAAAACCAUGGCGAUGCUGACUUAUUAUAUUCUUGACGGCUCAAUCUAUCAAGCUCCCCAGCUAUGCAAUGUCUUCGCCGCUCGCAUUGGGAAAUCUAUUUAUCACUUGUCAAAAGCUUUCAACAUGGCAGCCUCAAAGUUGGAGAAGAUUGGAUAUGUUGAUUCUGAAGCGGAAGGAACUAGUUCUGAAACUAAGGUUGUGAAGGAGGCAAUCGAUAUCAAGGAAUUGAAACGAGUUGAUCAUAUUCUUGCUUCAUUACAGAGGAAGCUGCCUCCUGCACCCGCUCCUCCUCCAUUUCCUGAGGGCUAUGCGCCACCUGCUUUUGAAGCAGUGAAUGGCUCAGAAGAUCAACAAAAUUUAGAAGCACAACUUCCUCCAGUUGAUCCUAUUAUCGACCAAGGUCCCGCAAAAAGGAUGAAAUUUCAAUGACCCAGUGUUGCCAAUUGGAGGUCCUUGUCAUUUUGUUUAACCUCUACUUGUCCCAAUUUCUUUUUAUUAUUAAUAAUUACUGCUUGAAAAUGUUGUCAGGCCAUUAUUUAAAGCAUGCUUUCUUGGGUUUAUGAAUUUGGUAUAUAUUAUUAUUCUGAUAUAAUCAUAUUGGGAUAUACUCAGAAAAAUGAGAAAACCACUUGAUCCAGGUAAAAUU